GAGAAAGAGAGAGAGUGUGAGUGAGUGAGUGAGACGGAGACAGAGACAGAGACACAGAGACACACACAGGCAGGGCACUGGCUGCGGCAACUGGGCGACAGCGGCUGCUGCUGCAGGAGGAGCAAUAAAGCAACUUUUAGAUCCCAUAGCAUUGGGUGGCGGUUAGAGAAUCCAGCCAGACAACAUGGUAGAUCGCGAGCAGUUAGUGCAGAAAGCCCGCCUGGCUGAGCAAGCCGAACGAUACGAUGAUAUGGCAGCAGCAAUGAAAUCGGUAACGGAACUGAAUGAAGCCCUUUCCAACGAGGAACGGAACCUUCUCUCCGUCGCCUACAAGAACGUGGUGGGGGCGCGGCGCUCCUCUUGGCGGGUCAUCAGCAGCAUCGAGCAGAAGACCUCGGCCGACGGCAACGAGAAGAAGAUCGAGAUGGUGCGGGCCUACAGAGAGAAGAUAGAGAAGGAGCUGGAGUCCGUGUGCCAAGACGUGCUCUACCUCCUGGACAAUUACCUGAUCAAAAACUGCAGCGACACGCAGCACGAGAGCAAGGUCUUCUACCUGAAGAUGAAGGGGGACUAUUACCGCUACCUCGCCGAGGUGGCGUCCGGGGAGAAACGUGCCGCGGUGGUAGAGUCCUCGGAGAAGGCCUAUGGGGAGGCCCACGAGAUCAGCAAGGAGCACAUGCAGCCCACGCACCCCAUUCGGCUGGGCCUGGCCCUCAACUAUUCGGUCUUCUACUAUGAGAUCCAGAACGCCCCCGAACAGGCCUGUCACCUGGCGAAGACCGCCUUUGACGACGCCAUCGCCGAGCUGGACACCCUCAAUGAGGACUCCUACAAGGACUCCACCCUCAUCAUGCAACUCCUCCGCGAUAACCUGACGCUGUGGACGAGCGAUCAGCAGGACGACGAAGGUGGCGAGGGCAACAAUUAAGUCCCGGGCUGGGUGGGGGGGUGGGGGUUAAAGGGGGAAACUGGCUGCUCCAGCUGUGACCGCAGUCUUUUUAUUUCCACUCGGGGUGGGGAGGGAGGGAGCCUCCCCUGGUUACCCCCCUCCCUUCCCUCACUCUCCGCCCUUCGUUGACGCCUCUUCGACAUUUUGCCAAAACACCACUAGCGGAAGGUCAGACUUGGCUGUGCUGGUACAGAAUGGGAGCCACACACACACUGGCAUCUGGACUGUCCUGUAGUUAAAUAAGUGGAGCUGUUUCAUUUUAACGUAAAGCUAGACUGAAGCAAAACUUGAAUGAUGAGGUCUGCACAUUUUAAACAACAAAAAAAUUACUCUUGUGGUUUCAGUAACCUUUUCAUUGUUUAAAAAGGAACUUAAAAAAAAAAAUCAAGUGUUAAUGAAAUGCAGUAUUAAAAUAUUUUUUUAUUUGUUUGCCUAUUUAAGAAAAACAAAAAAAUAGUAAUUUAUAAUCUAUAAAUGUGUCCCUGAACUCCCCAAGCCCCCAGUUAAAAUAACUGUGGCUACAGUCCUGAAAGAACAUCUUCACAAUUUGAUGUUCCAGUCUGUUUCAACAGGAAACAACCCGCUAAGGAAAUUUGCAGAUUUAUCAGACAAGGUCUUUGUUUAAACCCGUUGACAAAUGUAUUUCUUUUUUUUUAAUUUUUGAAGCACCUUUUCAUCAGAAUUUAGAAACCCUAGACAAUUGGUUACUAAGGACCUGCCAUUUUACACCACGGACUAGUUUCACUACCCUUUAGCCCCCUCUGUUACUGGAAAUACGGGAUAACUUUUUUGGGUCAGGCUGAAUCAAAGGCAGAUUUCAUAGAAGACAAAUAAUGGGAACUGAUCUUCAAGCAGCUUAUUUGUGUUUUUUAAAAAAAAACGCACUUGCCUAUUAUGCCAUCUUAUCAAGUGUAAUAUGAUUAUUAUGCUCCAAUAUUGUGCAUGCUGGUGACGUAUUUAAACAGUAGCUGAGAUUUAUUAACUUAUAGGCGUGAUGUAUUCUUCUGGCGAAAAUACUAGUCUUCAAAUGUAACUGAUUUGCUGAAGUACGCUCUACCCAAAUGGUCGUAACAGUUAAUUGGUCUGUUAUGGACGUUACUAUCGUGACAUGCGAUUAUGUAAUUGAUCUGUUGAAAGCACCAAUGUUUUAGCUUAAUCUUAAUGUCUGGUGUUUUGUUAAUAGUGAAAUUAUUACAGUGUAGGAGCAUUUACCAGAACUUGUUAGUAUGAGGCUUCUGUUUGUGCUUUUUGUCAUGUUACGCAGUGAACUCUCAGUUUGCGCAAGUGACUUGAUUAUUUUAACUCUCUCUGGUUCAGUGUAUCUGUGGGGAACCUCUUUCACACAAUGGAGCAUUCCUUAACAGUUUUAUCGGUAAUGGAAUAUCUUGAAUGUGAGUCAUUAUGUAGUCGCACACAGGCUAAUAAAAUUGCAAAUCAGUUCUA